GGAAAGACCUGGCUCCUCGUUCCAUCCGGAAGCCGCCGGGCCGGCAGGAAAUGACGAAGCAGAGGUCGUCCGGUCCGUGCGGUAACCGGCUCCUCACGUCCGGCCGCGACUGCGUGGGAAAGAGCGCCGAGCGGAGCAGCCGGGCCGCGUGCCGCCUGCAGAGCGAGCGGCUCCCAUGCCUGGCGGUUACGGAGUGAUGGGUGACGAGGGCUCCAUCGAUUACAGCGUUCACGAGGCCUGGAAUGAAGCCACCAACGUGUACCUGGUAGUGAUCCUUGUCAGCUUUGGGCUCUUCAUGUAUGUGAAGAGAAAUAAAAGGAAAAUUAUGAGGAUAUUCAGUGUGCCACCUCCAACCGACACUCUGUCAGAGCCCAACUUUUAUGACACAAUAAGCAAAAUUCGUUUAAGACAGCAACUGGAAAUGUACUCCAUUUCAAAUUCACAGAGACAGAAAGCAGAAUCGUCACCAGGAGUGGGAGAGGAAGGAGUGGGGAGUUACUGUGUCACGAGGACAGAGCCAGAAAGUAUGAUUAUCAGCAGCCACAGAGCCAAGCUGACAGUGUACAGCUCUCAUUGGAAUGAAAUCUCAGAAGAUGAGCCGCAGAAAUGAUUGUUGUUCAAGAGUGCAGUCUCCUCACGCUGCUAAAUCACGAGCAGCAUUUUUUUAAAACUUCUGUCUCCAUAAAAUCAUUUUAUUUGUGACUUUUCCCCAAGUUUUUGGUGUUUUGUUUCACUUUUUGAAACCUCAUCUCCAAAUCAUUUGUUCCACAAAUUAGAAAUUCCUCAAAAGGCCUGAACACAGAGAGUCUGCACGUACUUAGGAAGAUAGACUAUCACCAGAGACGGUGACUUUACCUUGUGAAGACUUUGAUCCCUUCAGGAUACAAUCAGGAAAUAAAAACACAUCUUUGGAAGCAAGAGUCUGGAGCUGAUGCCACUUUGGAACUUUUUUGCCAACUUAAAAAAUAAAAAUCUAAUCAUUGGAAUAACUUCCUCUUCGACUGUGUUCUGGGAUAAAUAUAAUAUGGAUAACGGACUAACGUGUGUUCUUACGGCUGUUGUUACCUCUAACCGAAUUAACCGUCUUUGCUACUUCAGAAUUUGCACAGUAAACUGUCUUUUCUGCGUUGUGAAAUUGUGAUACGCACCCCCCUGUUAAUUGUAGAAGUUUUCUGUGACUGGAGUUUGUUCCCCUUAAUUGUAUUCCCAGGAGUUUCUUCCACCAGAAGAGUCUUCUUUCAGCCCUGCUGGGGCUACACUGCGGCCUACGUGGGCAGCUCUGACUGGUGUCAGCAGCUUGCUUUUGGGUCAUGUGACCAUCAGUCUUUAAUGUAACUGUAUGGUUUCUUAGGCUUUUUUAGCAUAAGCUUCCCUGCAGACUCUCAUAUCUUGUACCAUUUUUGUACUGUACAUUGAAAUGUUUUCGCCCAGUUUUUCAUAUUUAUUUAAAUAAAAGCUGGUUGGAGAUAGUGGCAGGGAAGUUCAAUUGUCCAUGUAACUGUCCAUAAAUUCGUUUUUGAAUCAAAACUAUAAGAGUUAGAGUUAAUAUUUCAAGCAUUUUUGCCUUUUCCUUUAUAAUUAUGAAGCAAAGAAUAUAAAUCUUAAAUGAAAAGGUUUAGACCAAAUAAAAUCAUUUCAGGGAAGUUGCAUUUACUUUUAAAAUUUAAAUCUUUCAAAUAUAUAUAUUAUGUUGUACAAGGUGAAUUGUUGACCAAAUGGAAUAAUUCUUUCUUAACUCACAGAUGAGUUUGAACGCACCGCCCGUAUGUAGAAUGAAUACUCGGACUGAAGGAUUGUAAACAGUUACAGUUAUGGCCUGGGGAUAGCAGAGCAGCAAGGGGACAAUCUUCUUAAACUUUGCUUUGCUCUCAUGUAAUCAGGAGCGGGAGCGCUUUACCUGCUGUCCCUGAUGUGUGGCACAAAUCUGGACAAAUUACGAAAACUGGCUAUCUCAGCUGAUUUGUACGGUGUACCUAAAUAAAUAUCAACCACAACGAAA